AUGACAUAUAUUCCAACAACUGAGCUACCCCCAGCGCCCUCCUCUGAGAGGCUGUUGCUGGGAGCUGGUGGUUCUGAUACUGUUACUACUGCUGCAUCUGGAAGUGGCAGUGAACUGAGAGACACUGAUGUGAAUGAUCGCCCACGCUUACCGCCUGCACCAUCUACUCAGAGGCUCCUGCUAGAGUAUGGGCGAGCAGGGGACGCUACAAGCUUUGGGGACAAUGCAAGCGACGUGCAGCACAGCUCCGUGCAACAAAAUCGACAUAUGCUACUUCCGGCUCCACCUUCGAGACGGUUGUUGUUGGCAGCUCCUCCUUCUUCUUCUGAACAUGAUUCGCAAACUGCUGGGCAAGUAGCUGUUCGACAAGCAAGCCAACACUCUGCUCCGGCAGAAGCCCAACAGCCUCUUGCUGAUACUGAAAGAAUUACUAGGUCUGCUGCGGGUGCUGCGGGUGCUGCGGGUGCUGCGGGUGCUGCGAGUGCUGCGAAAGUGCCUGCUCCGUCGUCCAGACACCGUCAUCGAGAAGCUUCUCGGGACACAGUUGUUGUUAACAAAAGAUUGGCUGAUUUGAUUGAGCAAAAUGGCUAUUAUGUUCCUAACAGUGCACUUCAGCGGCUGGCGCGAAAAGAAAAUUCUUCAUUAAUUUUAAAUCGCACAAAUUUAAUUACCCGGCCUACUGAUAACCUUCCACUAAAAGUAUCCUCAGAAAAUUCGACUUCAAGCUCUUCACCAAGAUUGGAAAAUGAAGCCACGAAUGAUUCUCCUACAACACCUUCUACUCCUGCUUCUUUGUCCUCGGAAUCAUCUGCACAUUCGGUGCCAGUGGUUACUUCGCCAACCUCCUCUGCUGUGACGUCUCCCACAUUAGAAAGCUCUUCUUCUCGUCGUGAUCAUCAAACCACUCCUCCCUCGUCUUCGAAUCGCAUGCUGUCAAUAGCACAACGCAAUAUCUUACGCAGCGCGGCUGAAGCCAUCUCAAGAAUCGACUUAGGAGCUUUAAGAAAUCUGCGAAAAGAAAUCGCUCUGCAAGCCCAACCACUACAGCAUCGGGCUUACUUUGGGGCUCUCGCUCCUCUGAUCGGCACAAUUCAACCCCACUCCCGAUGCAGUUCCUUUCUUUCUCACACUCACUCGGCAACACACAAUGUCCCUACUACUUCAACAUCAGUGGAUGAAGACUCAGUCGUUAGCACUGACUCGCCGUCCCACUCUCCCGCCUCCACACCCGAAAUUGAAGUUGAGGCUACAAGCGAUGAAAUCUUAACCGCAGCACCCUACAAUUCUGACUCCCAGGGCUCAUCAGAACACUUAGCUGACGGCAUUGAUUUCUUACAUGAAACUUUUGUUUCUUCGCCUGCUGAUGAUGAAAUUAUUUUUGUUGAUGAAUCGGCAAGCCCAUCAGGAGAUCCGUCUGCCGGGGCUGCCGACGAUGUCAUUGGCAUUGGCUGCAUCUACUCGAACUCUGAAGAACCAACUGUGAAAGCCCGCAUGGCGUCUGGAAGACUUGACACACUCAACGCUAUUAACAUUAAGCUUCCAAUUUUGAGAAAUGACAUCAAAGUGUCAGAAUCUAGCAAACCAGGUCUCUACUUUACGGCUCCUGAUGUGGAGAAUGUUAGAGCUCUUAUCAGCGACAGAGAUUGGGCCGAUCUUAAGGAUCGCCCUGCCUUCAUUCGAUUUCCGAAUGUGGGAGUGGCGCUGCUCGACCCUGGCAAGAAGCUAAAAAGGGACCCACGGUCACUUGAGGAAGCCAACAACAGAGAAGAUAAGCGCUUCUGGUUUGAUGCGGCCUAUUCGGAAUUUGCUGCCAUUGAUGGAAAUCAUGUCUACCAAGUUGUGCCCCUCCCGGCGGGUCGCAAAGCCCUUGGCACCAAAUGGGUGCUGAAGAAGAAACUCAACACGGAUGGUUCAAUUGACAAGUACAAGGCUCGUCUUGUUGUUCAGGGGUUUCGUCAGAAGUUUGGUGUUGACUAUGUUGACACCUUUGCGCCAGUGAUGAGAUUCAGCACUGUUCGUCUCAUUUUCGCCCUAAGUGCGGCGAAGAACUGCGAGAUGCACCACGUCGAUGUUAAAAAUGCUUUCUUGAAUGGAGAUCUAGAAGAAGACAUCUAUGUCAAGCCACCAACAGGAAUUGACCAUAAUACCCCUCCUGGCAUGGUCUGGAAGCUGAAUAAAAGCUUAUAUGGACUGAAGCAAGCCCCUCUGUGUUGGAACAAGAAGCUUGUUGACAAGUUGGAAGCACUAGGUUACAAAGCUGCCAAGAAAGAACCCUGUCUCUUUUACAAGAUUAAUGGCAAAGACUUCAGUAUUAUAGGUCUUUAUGUUGACGACAUCUUAACGGCGUCAAAUGUACCGGGAGAAUUCGAGCGUUUUUUCAAGGGCCUAUCUGGUUACUUUGCCAUCAAAGAUGAAGGUGGUGUUAACAAAUUCUUGGGAAUCAGAGUCCAGGACUCCGACAGGACAAUAUCUCUGGAUCUGGAACAUUAUAUUGCUGACAUGAUUGAGGUUUUCAAAUUGAGUAAUCAAACAGCUAAGUCGAUACCGUUGCCCAAGAAACAUGGCCUUGAUUUCCCACAGGGCCUCGAUGCUCGUCCAGCUAACCAAUCGCUGUAUCGCAGCAUUCUUGGCAAGCUACAGUUUGCUGCACAGACGGCCCGUCCGGACAUUGCCUACGCUACAGGCAAGCUUGCUCAGUAUGCGAGUGACCCUAGAGCUAUUCAUAUGGAUAGAGCAUAUCAUGUUCUGAGCUACCUCAAAGGCACCAAGGACCUGGCAAUUGUCUAUCACAAAAAUGUACCAGGGGCCUCUCCGCGGCUUCUGAGAGGCUGGCUUUGCAUUCUCUCAUGGUCCCUCAACCUUCUCUUGAAGUCGGCCAAACAGAAGUUGACAGCAACUUCCACAACCGAGGCUGAGCUGAUUGCCGCUUUCUCUGCCACGUGUGAGGCAGUUUACUUCCGAGAUCUUUUGGAAGAACUUGGUGAAUCUCAACCAACGACUGUCAUCAUGGAGGACAACAAAGGUGUCCUGGAUCUCAUGAAGGACAGCAAACAUCACGAGCGGACUAAACAUAUUGAUACCAAGUACAUGCGCACCAGAGACCAUGUCAAAGCCGGCGAUACCCGUCUUGAAGCUGUUACUUCAGCAGAUAAUGUGGCAGACAUUUUUACCAAAGCUCUGGCUAAGCCGCAGUUUUUAUAUUUGAGGAAUCUUCUGGUCUUCUCCGCUAUGUCUAAUCACGGAAACACUACAGGAGUCAAUGAAGGACCCUCAUCCUUCGAGUCAGCCAGCACUGGAAGUUCUGUUGCCCACUCAACAUCUGAGACCCAUUCAAAGAACAACGCCAGCUCUUAUGAGACAUUCGCCGAUCUCCUGUUUUAUUAUCUUGACCAAGUAGAAUUUGCUUACAAUUCCGCACCACAGUCUACUAUUAAGACAUCUCCAUUUGUCGCUGAUCUUGGCUUUCUACCUCGCCAACCUGCAAUGAUCCGUCCACCAUCGGAUGCUCGUACACCCUCAAAUGUGGAAAGUCUACAAGUCAAACUGAAAGCUAUUCUGUUACGUACUCAAGAGUACAUGAGUUUCUCACAGUUGAGUCAACAACGACAAGCUGACAAGCAUCGUCGUCCUGUGGAAAUUAAAGUUGGUGAUUCUGUUCUUAUCCACCACACUAGUUUUCAGAGCCCUAGCAAUAGGAUGCUGCCACUUUUCGUCGGUCCAUACACCGCCAACAACCGUGUUUUUAAUGUUUCGAAAUUACGCAAAUAUGUCAAAUCUGAUGAAUACCCUGCUGAGAUUAGACCUACUGAGGAUUAUGUUAAGAAGAACUUGAACCGCAUUGCUAGCGUAGCCGCUAUGCAAAAUGGUCUUGUCUAUCUACAGUUCACAGAUAGCCUACCUGGACAUUGCGUCGCCAUUUCAACAAGUUUUGGAAUACUAUGCCUGCCGAAAAAGGAUACCAUUAUUCAAAGCUUACAUGGUUAG